AUGUCUGAAGCACAGAAGGAUGAAGGCUUAUCAGAAAAAAUUCUACACAACGCACUUAGAUGGAAGGGUACCGUCGUCCCGAAAAUAUUCCCAUCGGCGCUUAUUUGUACAAUUGUGGCUGUCAUUGUAACAAUUCUCUAUGAAAAAACGUCGGUGAAAAUAAGUAUUCCACAAGCUUUUAUCCCGGUUCUUGGGUUUGUUGUGGGUCGUCGAGCGUGGUCUACUAUGGAAGUCGCAAUCCGCGCAUUCGCACGUCUUACCUGGGUCAACGUAGGAAGAAAAAAUGACCAAGCUAUAGAAAAGGAAACUGUCCGAGAUAUUAUAGAAAUGAAAACUGUCAUCAAUCUAUUAUUAGGAUUUGCUAUCGGAACAAAACAUUAUUUACGUGAGAAAGAAGGCUCAGACCAACCAGACUUAAAAUCACUUAUCGGUGGCAUCCAAACAAAACCUUCCGGUUGUGAAAAACUCGAAGAUCCAAACAGGGCCCAAAAAUCACCAAAACACAAAAAGAAACCACAUGAACGAAGAAAUUGCCAAGUUGUAGAAAAUCACAAUAUCCCAUUAGAAAUUUCGCUUUAUCUCAGUUCAUAUAUCCAAACACAAGUGGAGAAAAAACUUGAUAGCCCGGUUAUCACUGCUAUGUUGAACUCACUCAACACCAUGGUUGAUUGUUUGACAACAUUCGAAAGGAUUCUUCGAAGUCCUAUUCCGGUUGCUUAUUCGACACAUUUAUCACAAACUGUUUGGGUUUAUUGUCUCACGUUACCGUUACAAUUUGUGCAGUUUUUACAUUGGGUCACAAUUCCGUUUGUGUUUUUCUCUAGUGGCGUGUUGCUUGGUAUCGAGAAAAUUGGCGGAGAAAUUGAAAAUCCUUUCGGUAAGGAUGAAAAUGAUUUGAACUUGGAUGAAUUCUGCGAACGUCUUGGUCAUGAACUUGAAUUGAUCACUUCACUUGAACCAUCAAAUAUUAAAAUUUUGGCAUUUAGCCAAGAGAAUACGCCAUUUAGUGAUGUCAAAAUUACCGGCGAAAAAGCCGAAAAAUUCGGUAUUGACAAGAUUCGAUCGUUACUUUCAGGAACACACGACGAGAAUAAUGAAAAAGAAGCUUCUGCCGGUAUUUUUGUAAAAAUUGAAUAG